UUAUUAAAAAAAUAUCCCGAAGUGUCUCCAUCCAUGUGCGGCGAUCCCUUUCUUUUUCUUCAGUCAUCUCUCUCUCUUUGAUUGCUUUGCUCUUACAUCUUCCCUUCCCCGUAAAUCGUCUAAAUUAAUUAAUUCACACUCUUCUCUUACCGCAAUCGAAUUUCCUUUGACGGUAGAGUGAGUGAGAGUCUGAGAGAGAGAUAGCCGAGCUUUUCAAUCGGAAGGAAAAGGUCGGUGGUGGUCUGCCGUGGCGAUCUCUGUUGAAUGGUAGUCGGUAGAGAUGCUUCGCAGACUCACAUUGCCUGCAAAAAUAGCCUCAACCAGCACAACGAGGAGCUGAACUCUCCUGUAAUUAAACGAUCAGACGCUUAAGGUUGAUGGAGUUUAGCUGAUUGCGUUCCGCUAUCAAAACUUCGAGCAAUUGCCUUUUGCUUAUGAGAUGAAAGGGGGAUAUAACUACAAAUUGAUUGGGAAACCAAUCUCUUUCACUCUGGCUGCCCUUAUAUUCACAACAAUAUUACUUUGGGCGUGGGAGAAAAAUCCUUUUGCUGAUACUCUACUAUUGCCGCGCCAGCGGUUUCCAAUGCCUUCCAUAGAUUUUUUUGGGGACUUCUCAAAUAAUUCCUCCAAACCUAUGAAGACAAAUGGAAAUAUUGAAGGGAAGGAUUUACAUUUGAAUACGGCAGAAGAUACAAAAGUAAUAGAAAAGUUUGGCACAGCCCCAAUAGAUUCUAUGUAUGCAUUCUCUCCUGGAAUGCAUGAAAGUAAUGGGAAUGCGACAUCUUUCCAAACUAAAGUGUGUAAUUAUGCCAAGGGUAGAUGGGUUGCGGACAACAGGCGCCCUUUAUAUUCUGGGUUUAAAUGUAAGCAGUGGUUAUCAGAAAUGUGGGCGUGUAGACUGACACAACGAACAGAUUUUUCUUUUGAGGGUUACCGAUGGAAGCCAGCAAAUUGUGAAAUACCAGAUUUUGAACGCUCUGCAUUCUUGAGAAGGAUGCAGGACAAAACGAUUGCUUUCAUAGGAGAUUCAUUGGGUAGACAGCAGUUCCAGUCUUUGAUGUGUAUGGCAACUGGCGGGGAAGAAAGCCCCGAAGUUGAGAAUGUCGGAAAGGAAUAUGGCCUUGUCAAACGUCGUGGAGCCAUUCGUCCUGAUGGCUGGGCCUAUCGAUUCUCUAACACCAAUACCACUAUCUUAUAUUAUUGGUCAGCAAGCCUGUGUGAUCUAGUGCCCCUUAACAUCUCAGACCGAGCCAGUGAUAUUGCCAUGCAUUUGGAUCGUCCCCCGGCUUUCUUGAGACAAUACCUUCAUCGGUUUGAUGUGCUGGUUCUUAAUACAGGGCAUCAUUGGAAUAGGGGAAAGAUUAAUGGUAACCGGUGGGUAAUGCAUGUAAACGGAAAGCCCAAUCAAGAAAAGAUGCGUGCAGAAAUUGGAAAUGCUAAAAAUUUUACUGUGUACAGUAUUACCAGGUGGGUUGAUUCACAACUACCAUCACAUCCCCGCCUAAAAGCUUUCUUUCGGACAAUUUCACCGAGGCAUUUCUUCAAUGGUGACUGGAAUACUGGGGGUACCUGCGACAAUACUACUCCGUUGGUCGGAGGAAGUGAAGUAGUCCAGGAAGGAUCCAGUGAUUCAGUGAUCGAGGGUGCUUUGAAAGGUACAAAAGUAAAGUUACUGGAUAUAACUGCCAUUUCUCAAUUGAGAGAUGAAGGUCACAUAUCCCACUAUACCAUUAGAGGAAAAGGAAAUGCAGGCACAAGUGAUUGCUUACACUGGUGCUUACCUGGAAUUCCAGAUGCAUGGAAUGAACUCCUUGUUGCACAGAUAUAGGAGGCGGCGGCGGCCUUGCCACGUCGUAUACACCAAAUCCGAUAUUCUUCAUGGUCUGAUAAGAAGGCCAAUUGUUUUAUCCGGUAUGAAAUUCUUUUGUUUUGUAAGUUUCAGUGUUUGAUAGAAUAUAAGGUAAGGCACCAAUUGCGAAUCCAUUUCCUGUUGAAUCGAAUUCUAGUUGUUCAUAUAGGUGUUAUUCAUACAACGAAAAAUGUUGUACUGUGUAUUGUACCAUUGCAGUAAGAGUUGCUGCUAAUAUAAUGAGGAAUUUUUUUCGAUUCGUAGCAA